CUCGGCUCUCAGUCGCAGCUCGGCUGUCUGUGCGCGACGAUCGAGCCGCGCGUUUACCUGCCUCCGCACCCAAGCACAGGCGCACGUCACAUUGUCGCGCGCGCGCGCGCGUGCAGACGCGUACACAUACAUACGUGCGUCGCGGUGGGACGUGCCCGCACGUCCGUACGAGCGAGACGAAUCGCACCCGCGCGGGGGUGGCACCCUGGAGAGUUUUCGUGCUACGAACGUCGCGAGAAGAAAAGGACGAGGGGGGGAAAAGGGGCGAAGGGCGGAGAGACGAUUCUCUCGAGGAACGAAGGGAAACGAGACCGGGGACCCAUGCGUCGCGCGACGUAGACGCCGCGCCGCGUCUAUACGACGGCGCAUACUCACACACGCGCAAAACACACAGGCGUACCCACGGACAUACGCGAGCAAACCGCACGCUACUACGCCCAGUCAGUCGGACGUCGGCUCGGGCCCGACGAUACACCCCGACGAUACGCUAUCGCUCUUACGCACUGACGUUUCCCACGGUUACGCCACGCGGCUUCACGGAGGUCCCCGAGAAGGUGACACGCGGUGGGACUGAUUUCGCGAGCGGGGAGAAAGAGACGGGCGUCAACGGCGACCGGGUUGCCGCGAUCCGGGUCCUCGAGCAGCUCGUGACAGUGAAGUGAAGCACGCGUGAAGGGCAUAUACGAAGGAGGGACGAAGAGAGAAAGAGGAAGACGGAAGGAAAGGGAGAAAGAGCGAGAGAGGAAAAGGGUAGGGGAGCGAGGAAGAGGGCUGCAGGACGCGACGGGUGGUCCUGACAGCGAGCGGUGACAAGAAAGAGGACCGACCGUUCUGGAUAAAGCGAGCGUUAAACGCCGGGGAUUAAUCGGGACCCCGUAUGUAAUUGGCACGCUAAAACGAGCUUCUCGUUUGAAACGAGGGAGAGAGAACACAUGCGAUAGAAUCUCUUUGCUUAUUACGCGCUGGACUUGUCUCGGAAGCUUUCCCUCGGUGUUGGAUAUAUCCUCUUGGUCCAACCCUUGGCUAAGGCUACCGCGAGGCGAUGAGCUGUAAUCUCAUUCUCCGGCUCGUUCGUGAAUGCAUGAAUUUAGUCGGGGAGUAUCUUGGUGGUCGUCAUUGACCGCACCGACAAGCUUGUUCCCGUCAUCAUCAUUGACAGCAAGCCUCACGUUCUCAUCGGCAAGAAGAAAUUUCUCGAGCGCAACGAGAUAGUCGCGUGCGCCAACUUUAACCGACGAGCCUCGACGACGGAGCGACAUCGAAACGUUGGCCGAGACGACGGGCAACAGCGAACCCCAUCGUUGGCGAAAAUCAUCGCGAGAGAUCCGCGUCAUGAAGGCCUAGCGUCCGACACCGUGGGUCAUCGUGGGUCGUCAGCGUCGGGCGUGCAAGAAGGGACGGCGGCGCACCGGCGGAAGCCCGGAUAGUAGGAGGAGGAGGAGGCACCCGACAACAUGGCCGCCGCCUGCUACGAGAAGGAAGUGGUGGUAGGUGCCGCCGUACACCACGGACACGGUCACCACCAUCAUCAUCAUCAUCACCAUCAUCAUCAUCACCAUCAUCACGGCAGCAGCGCCGUCGCGUCGUCCGUCGGCGGGGUGGCCGGACAGACAGUGCUGCCGGCGACGUCUACCGGUCUCGACGACGCCACCGUCGUCGCCGCCGCGGCUGCCGCUGCCUCCUCCGGCAACUCAUCGUCGACCACGGUGAACGCCGUCAACCCGACGACGACGAGCGCCGCGGCUACGGCGGCCGCGACCGCCGCCGUGGCGAUCAACAACUACAAGGUGCAGGAGUACAUGCAGCCGCUCCACGUGGACUGCAGCGUCGAGUACGAGCUGCCGAGUCAGGCGAAACCGCCGCCCGGUGGCGGCGAACCCCUCCUAAUGAUCCAUCCGUGCUACUAUCGACGCGCCGAGCGCGAGAGGAGGAGCCCCUUUGUCAAUAAUCUGCCGCCGCCGGCGGCACCGACGACGGCGCCCAUGUCCGCCUCCCGCAGAAACGGUCGUAGGAGCGGAGCCGCGACGGCAUCCGCGACCGCCGCUUCCGGCGGCGUCGCCGCCGUCACGGUCGCGACCGCGGCGAUCGCGAUCGCCGCUGCCUCUUCCUCGACGACUACGACGGUCGUACCGCCGUCCAACAACAAUGUCGCUUCCACCAACGUCGUGUCUACCUCGGUCGUGUCGCCGUCGACGUCCAUCGCGUCGUCCUCGGUCGCCGCGGCGGUGGUAGCCGCCGCGGACUCUGGCACCGGUCUGAUACCCACGACCCACGGUCAGAUGUCCGCCGUCACCAUGGCGGCCUCGUAUCGCGCGGCGCUCAACGUCGCGGCCACGUUGUCUCAGCAGCAGCAACAGCAGUCUCAACGGCGGCAUCAUCCCCAGCAACAGCAGCAGCAGCAACAACCGAGUCACCAUCAUCACCAUCAUCAUCAUCGGAACCACACGCACGCUCAUCAUCAUCAGCAGCAGCAUCACAAUCAGCAGCAGCCGCAACAACGGUCCGUGACCCCAACGGCUUCCGGGACGGCCGACCUCAUCUCCGCCGAUGAGAAGGCAGUCAUAUCAGGUAUUUAUCAGCAUUACUUCCGCGCCAUGCGCGCCCACAAUCUUCAACACCGCCAGCAACAGCAACAGCAGCAGCAGCAGCAACAUUGCACCAGCGCGACUCAUCAGCUCCAUCAUCAACCUCACCAAAGCGACCGAAGUUCCUCCUCUUCAUCGUCGGUCACGUCCCCGACGUCCGCGUCGAUCUCGGGUAUCCUACGACAGUCUUAUCAGCAGGCGUACAGUAAUAUCGCGGCUGCGAGCUCGAGCUCGAGCCACCAUCGCGUCGGCACAUCGGCGGUCGUCCAUCAUCCUUACAGGCGACCGUCGGCGACGUUGCUGUCGCGGGCGGCUUCGCAUAUCGGUCAGCAGGCCUCCUCCUCCUCGUCAUCCUCCUCCAUCUCCUCCUCCUCCUCCAUAUUCGGUGCUUCCAACGGCGUCUCCGCCGCGGCCGGCGUAUCUAGCGUUUACGCCAGCACGAUACACAGGCAUCACGCGACCUCCUUGCACGCCCUUCAAACCGCCGCCGGCUUCUACGAGACGCCGAGCUACCACGCUCUCCUGCCCCAAAGUUAGACGAUGGUCAAGUGCGAUUACACGGUGUGUUGGGUCUCUACGCGUAAACAACCUGCAACAGUAUCAAGAGUAAUCAUGGUUGUGCUAUUAUGAGUCGAGGCGAACGCGAUAGAUUCUCGCAAGCCGUCUCGGAACUGCUCCUCGCGUCUCCCCUUUCUCUCUUAUCUUUUGUCAUCAGGUGCUCGAUGAAAGUUGAUCAAAUUCGACGAUGAGGGCGAGGGCAAGAUCGGGACGGGCAGUCUCCGAGACUCUCUCGCUACAGAUCAACAAGGUGGCAAUUUUUUAGACGAUUUUACUCAAUAGACGCGUUUCCGCGGCUCAUAGUAUCGCGGAGGGGAUGACUGUCAAGUCACUUGACAUCGGAUGCAAAGUUACGCGGGUUGUCUGUACCGAAUACAUGCCCGAUAUUUAUAUUUUUCAUGUGUAGAUUGUGCAUGAACUAUCACUUUACGCGUAAUUCACGUAGACGACAGAUAAUCGAUGUAGGCGACGCUUAUAAUGAUGCCUAUGCCGCGUUGUCCUCUGCCCUUCUUCUCUUCCCCCGCCUCUCUUUCUCUCAAACUGCAUUUAAGAAAACCGAUCGUUUAAUAACCGAUAAUUUAUAGUUGUCCUAUAUGAUAUUGUUUUCCCGGAUAUACCCGAGGAACCUCGAUCAAUAUCGGAAACAAAGCGAUUAUCGUUACUGUUGCAGUUUCGUUUCGUGUUUGUCGACGGUUUUAUAUACAUAAUUAAAGUACGAGAGUGACUUUACGCGAAUAGUCUAACAGGAUGGCGAAACAAAUAAUAGAUUUCGAUAAAAAGCAUGCUAUAAAGAAAAAAAAAACAACAGACUACCCAGCAAACACAGAAUAUUGCAGCAAUCUUGCUAUUGUUGUUACACUGCAGCAAUAUUGCAGGAACAUCGAAAUAUUGCUGCAAUGUAACAACAAUGGUCCGUGCUGUAUGGGAAUCUCUCGAGUGCUAAAUUCGGAAGUUCUUCGCGCAUACUCGAUAAUCUCGAAUAAUUUCCUCCCCCUCGCCCCCUUUCCCGAAUCUAACCCGGGCUACGAUGGUAGGUAGCCAAACGUCGUCGACCGCGAUAUACGUCGUUUAACAGAGUCGUUUUUACAAGCGGUCCCUUUUUUCGACACAUCCGCCUGCUGAAGACACUACGCCUCGAACGACACAGUUCGGACAGUUUUAUAUACAUGGACAGAUGCGUAGUAUGUGCUACGGUUCCCACAGCCGCUUGCUCUUCCUCGGCGCGAGCGAGAAUUUGCAGACGAGUAUUCUCGACGACGAUCUAAAUGGUGGACUCGGUCUCCUUCGUCGUGACGAGGGCGGUUAUAUCGGAUUAUGACCCGGGGUAUCCGGGUUCUGUUCGCCUUCUCGAUGUGGAGCCACUUUAAUCCGCAGAGAAAACCCGCGCCCGUUCUCUCUCUCUCUCUCUCUUCCUCCUUCCUCCCUCUCUCUCCCUCUCUCUCUCUCUUUCUCCUCCAUUUAUCUCUCUCUCGUACGCUCUGUUCCGUGCGACUUAUCAUCUCGAUCGUUAAAAGUGCAUGCGGGUGGGUCUAUAGCGCGCAUAGUCGGCAUAGGGUACAUCUGUCUCCCCCUGUGCGCAUGUAUGGGGUGUCCCGAAAGAGCAGCGAGAGACAGCCGUAAUAAAUCGGUGAUACCUCCUCUUGAUUUAUUACGAUUCGUAUUUACGGGAAGAAUUAAUUUUAAUGUAAAAAAAACGCGUACACACACGUAAAAUUACGCCAACAAUAAGCGCAUGAUAAAUUAAUGGAAAUGUUAUACAUUUCUAUUAUGUAAUUUUGUAAUGUUUUUUGCAGUGACAGGUGUUUUAAAAGUACGGUGUGAGAUCUUGUCGGCUUUGUAAGGCUCUUACUUGCACGAUGUUAGUUUACGAUGCUUUCAAAAGAAGAAACAGCUGACUAAUUGCAAUUAGCGUUAAAUGAUGUAGGAAUUAAUUUAAUUAGAAAAAACCAAAUAUAUUAUAAAAGCGUUAAAAACCAAAAUAUAUUAUAAGCGAUCCUCCUCUAUCGAUCAAUCAUGACUAGAUUUCGUCUUUAAAAAAUUAUCCUCGAAUGCUAUUUUUCUCUCGCUGGUAUUUAAUUUCAUUGCGAAUCGAGACGAAGUCUCGCGUUAACAUUCCAUUAAAUCGGAAUCUUCCGAAUUUCCGAACGUCCACUCGAAAUCGAAUUAAACGCGCCUCGGGCGACGCGUGUUUGCCAAAGUCCGACUUCACCGGAGUCAUCCUUCAACCGCUCCGAGACGAGGGUAACCAACCAUCCUUCUUCAUCGUCGCGCCGUCGUUCCUCUCUCGUCUUCCACUUCGCCCUUUUACUUGGCUCUUUCCGAGCGAACAUUAAGCCGCUUCGAUUCGGGGAAGUCUCGAGUUCGCGGGUUCGAGACACCCUGUAUAAUCGCCGUCGCGCCGACACAACGACCGUACGUGCCGCGUUCGUUGUUGACGGUGAGCGGGUGGCCGGACGGGCACCGAAUAAACACACGUCGUGUGCACACACACACACACACACACGCAUACACCACGUACACACGCACACAGACAUGCGGUAGGCUUCACGAACGAGGGAGGAAGGGGAGGGCAGUUGAAACGAUCGUCGCUCGUACACACACGUGAGGUUCCAUCCACCUGCAAUGAGCGCGCGACUUCAGGUAGAGAAAAGAAAUCCCCGUUUGCUUAGGGCCGCAUUAGCAUCUACUAACGUUCUCCGGGGCCGGCGUUUUCGGGCCCCGCCGUCGGACCCUCGAGAAGAGAACUCGUGAGAUGUCGUCCCCCCCCCCCCUCCUCUUCGUUCCCGGCGUUUUCUCUCCUCGUUCGCUCCUCCAUUAUUCAGUAUCCUCCAGAAGAAUAGAGGACGUCGCCCGUAUUCUUGAAGGAUGGACAGCACGCUCGGUUUUCGAGGCUCUCUCCGGUUUCACGGUACUCCACGUGGAGCUGCUACGGUAUUCGCAGUUCCGUCAUGAGGAAUCCUCGUCGGUUUUCGGGAUGUCGCUCUGGAGAGUCCUCUCGUACAUGGAUAAAUUUAUCCUGCUCUUCAGGCACGCAAGAAGAAAGAUUACAACAUUCGUAUAUAUCAUUUGCAGAAGGAUUUGUGAUCCCAUGAAUCCUCGAAGUCGCGAAUUUCUAUAUUUGCAAUAAAAGCCACAAAUUUUUAGAUACACCUGAAAAGGAAACUUGGAUAUCGAUGUUUCAUCGCAGAUAUUAAAAGACGUAUUGAAAUAGCACGAAAACUAAAGAAACAAACUCCUUCCUCACAUUUCAAAAUUUUUUUAUAAAAAUAAUGCCUCGAAUUUGGAUAUCAAAUUUGUGGAAUCUACAGUUUUAUUUAGAUAUUUGAAUUUUACGAAUAGC